AUGGAUGACAUUUUCAUUUUCUCGGAUACGUGGGAGGAACAUCAUGUGGACGAAGUAUUUCGUCGUAUUCGCACAGCAGGGUUGAAGAUCAAGCGAGACAAGUGCCAAUUUGCACAAGAAUCGGUGAAAUUCCUUGGCCACAUCGUAUCUGCACGGGGAACAGAACCCGAUUCGUCCAAAGUUGAGGCCGUGCGAGAAUUUGCGACCCCGACCUCUCUCACCGAUGUUCGAGCGUUCGUUGGUAUGGCAUCAUACUAUAGACGGUUUAUUAAGAACUUUGCGGACAUCGCUGCACCGCUCCACGACCUAACCAAGGGUGGCCAACCAGAAUUUUGUUGGACACCUGUGGCCGACAAAGCAUUCAAUUAAUGACCUCAAAAGUCGUCUGUGUUCAGCAAUUAUCUUGUCCCUACCAGACUUCUCCGUUGCUUUCGCCAUUUAUACGGAUGCCAGUGAUUUCGGCCUCGGCGCUGUCUUGUCCCAGCGAAGAGGUGAAAACGAGUAUGUGAUCGCGCAAGCCAGCCGGACUCUUACGUCUGCAGAGAGAAAUUACUCAACCACGGAGAAAGAGUGUCUAGCCAUUGUCUGGACAGUUUAACGUGGUUACAAGGAUUGAAAGAACCGAAGGGUCGUCUCGCCAGGUGGAUCCUGGCCUUACAGGAGUACGAUUUCGAAAUCAAGCAUCGCCCGGAUCGACAACACAGCAACGCAGAUACCCUAUCGCGUUUCCCUCGAGUGACACCCCCACGGAUACAGGCAGACCAAAGCGUAGAUGAGGACUUGAUGGUCGGUGUAAACGGUACCGAGGUGUGCACGUCGUGGUCCAAGACAGAAAUCUUAAAGGCACAACAGGACGACCCAAGCAUUUCCAUGAUAAUGCAGAAGUUAAGCUGCAUGAUGAUCUAA